AAAGUCAGACAGAGGUUUUAUUAUCCGAAACCAGUUGUUAUAUUAUCACUCAACCUUUACGAAUUUCCCUUUAGGCAAGUCACGUGACACUGAAAAGGCGGGUAACCACGCUUUUGGAAGCCAUUGUUACUGUCCACCGAGGAAAGCCGGUUCUGCAAGACCCAUAGAAGAAAAAGUGAAAUGGCGACUUUGACACCAACGAAAUCGAGAAGAUCGACACGGUCCGAGGAGGAAACACCCUCGACUAGUGGGUAUACAUCCCCAGGGCGGCGCUCUAGAGCGGCAUCCCCCGCCCGCAUCACCAGACAGGAGGAGAAAACCCAGUUACAGAAUCUAAAUGAUCGGCUGGCAGCAUACAUCGAUAGGAUCCGUAAUUUAGAAACAGAAAACAGUCGACUACUGGUACAGGUCAGAUCUACAGAGGAAACGGUGUCUCGCGAGGUGUCUAGUGUCAAGUCUAUGUAUGAAAAUGAGUUGGAGGAUGCUCGCCGUGUCUUGGACGAUACAGCCAAAGAAAAGGCUCGAUUGCAAAUUGAGAACGGAAAGUACAAAGCAGACGCCGAUGAGUGGAAGGGAAAAUUCAAUAAGAGAGACCGAGAGGCUAGAGAUGCUGAAAACAAUGCCCAGAAACUACAGAAAGAGAACAAUGACCUGCAGGCCAGAACCAGCGAUGCAGAGGCAGCCAGGAAGGCGCUGGAUACAGAAGUCAAUAAAUUAAAGGGAGAGAUUGCCAAUCUUGAGAGGCAGCUUACACAUGCCAAGAAGCAGCUUGAGGAUGAGACACUUCUACGAGUGGACCUACAAAACAGGCUUCAGAGCACUAAAGAAGACCUGCAGUUCAAAACUCAGAUGUUUGAACAGCAACUGAAUGAAAGAGCAGUGAAAACAACAACAGAAUAUGAUGAUGUUGAUUCUGCUAUUAGAGAUGAGUAUGAGGGUAAGAUGCUGGAAGCUCUACAGGAAAUGAGAGACAAGCAUGAUCAUCAGCUCAGGGAAGUUAGAGAGGAAGUGGAAAUUAUUUACGGAAGACAGAUGGACAAUCUGAAGAGUGCAUUGGACAGAAGUGUGGGACCAUCUUCCUCAACAGAUGAGAUAAAGAUCACCAGGAAGAGAGUAGAUGAGUUAUCCUCAGAAGUCACAAAGUUGAGAAAAGAGAAUGCAGCAUUGGAGGCACAAGUGUCGGGUCUGCAGUCUCAACUGGUCCGUGAACAGCAGGAGUCUGAGGAGCGACUGACUCUAAAAGACCAGGAGAUUUCAGAUCUCCGAGUCACCGUAGAGGAACAGAGUCAAGAAUAUGCAGAUAUUCUAGAGGUCAAGAUUAAACUGGAUAAUGAGAUUGCCACUUACCGAAAACUGUUGGAAAGUGAAGAGGAAAGAUUGAACUUGUCACAAUCUUCUUCCCCAGGAUCUACAUCAGGCAGCAAGAGGGGGCAUAAAAGAAAAAGAGUUGCCUUAUCAGAGGCAGUCCAGGAGUUUGAAUCUCAUUCUGCCUCGGGGUUUUCUGCACAGUCCUCAGCAAGUGGCAGUGUGAACAUUGAAGAGAUCGACUCAGAUGGGAAGUUCAUUCGACUUCAAAACACUUCAGGAGAGGAUGUUGCUGUAGGAACAUGGCAGUUAAAAUUACGCCAUUCAGAAGAUGAGGAUGCAGAGAGCAAAGCACACUACAAAUUCCACCGUUCUCUCCUCAUGAAAGCAGGACAGACCUGUACUAUUUGGAGUUCUGGCUCUGGACAGACACAUAGCCCACCCAAUGACCUUGUGAUGAAAAGUUCAAAGUGGAUUCCUAACAAAGAAGUCAUGGUGUGUGUUUUAGUGAACUCGGAUGGAGAGGAAGUUGCCAGGAGAACCAUGACGAAGAGAAUUCAGAGGAUAACAACCUCUACUUACCGACCACUGUCAGGGUCCGAGGCUGCUGGCUCAGGGAGGGCAGGCUCAGAUAGAUGUUCAGUAAUGUGAGACAUUGAAUUGGGACUAGGAUCACUGUGGAUGAUGAUAAAUGCAGCAGAUGAUGUCCUAUCCAGUAUGUGCAUCAGGGAUAGCCAGUGUUUUGCCUAUGACCUAUGACAAAUGUUCUUAAUGUUCAUGGUAAUGUUGUCAUAUGGUGUACAAGACCUCUUAAGUUAAAGUUACAGAAAAGAUGUAGGAAGAUGUUUUUUUAUCGUUCCUAUGUCUGGUGAAACCAAGGCAGCAAUUGUUCUCCGUUAAGGAAUCUCCCAAUUCAUCUCGAUAUUUUUAUCCAUAGACGGGCAUUACUUACAAAUUUUUGUGUGUUCAAGGACAAAAUGUGUACAUAUUUGCUUAAAUAGAUGCGAUUACUCUCAUGUGUGGGGAAAGCAUUUUUUGGGGAAUUCUAAUCUUGUGCGAGAUAAAGCUUUUGGGUAUGCACAUAUGAAGUACCAGGUUUAAUACAGAAAACAUUUGCUGAGCAGCAUCAUACUUUUAUAUACCCACCAUUUUUAUUUACACCAAAAUAUUGCAUUCUUUGUAUGUAACAGUGUGACAAAGACAUUUUCCUUGCAUGUACAUUUUUAUAGAAUAUUAUAUUUGUAAGUCAUUUUAAUCAUUUAUAUCUGUAUUUUCUCUCCAAGUGAUUAAUUUUCAUUUUCCCUUCUUUUUUUCUUUCACUUUGAUUUCACACAAGGGUUGUGUUAUUUUUUGUGUGGGUUUUCCCCCCCUUCCAUUCAUGAUGUAAAACUCUGAAAAUUACAAUGAGUCUUUAACUUUUGAAUACAGUAUACCUAUUGGAGAUGUAUUUCAUCUUGAGAUUAUCAAGUUGGUGUUUCUCUUGAAACCGCCCAUCGAGUCCUGUAACUGCAAUUUAAAAAAAAACAAAAAAACACUUUAAUUGUAAUGUUUGUUUCAUGUACCAUUAUUAUUUAUUUGAUGCAAUGAAACUGGAUGAUUUUGGUUACUUGCAAAGUAAAGACAUAUCAAGCUGUAAAUUUUUAAUCAGGUAUGUAUAUGUAUUGUAUGGUUAAUAGUAAUAGUUUUAUAGUGAUUGCUAGACCAGAAAUACUAUUGUGAUUAACUUAUGUUAGUGCAGUGAUGAAUGUCUAGAGAAUCUCAUUUUCACUAAAAUAGAGGAUAUUAUUCCAGUUUGUAGAGACAUAUUCUUGAUACACAUUUUCCUGUAUUGUUGUGACUUCUGAAGUUAUUGUUUUGGUUGUAAAGCAUGGGCUUGAUUUUUUCACAUGUAGGUGAUUUUACAUGGAUUAGUUAAGACCAAGGUACUGGGGACAAGUCCAAGUAGAAACCUCUUGCGUGUAUAUAUUUUGUAAUCGUAAUGAUACUCCUUGCUUACACAAGCUUUUUUUUUAAUAUGUCAAUUGAAGAUGGGAUGUAUUAUGGUGUUGCAUUUGUGUUUGUCCGUUAAUUUUUUCGUAUCCGGUUCAUAACUUACUAUAUGUAAAUACUAAGAGACCUAGAAUAAUCAACCUUAAUACAUACAGCUGAUACAUCUUGUGUAGAAGGAGGGUCCCACUUUAAUGUGAGGUCACUUUGACCUUUGAUUAAUAUGAUAUGGCAAAACCUUGUUCGAUUUAUAACAAAUAUUACUUGGCCUAGAGUCAUCAAACUUGGUCAAUUAAUGCCUCUUAAGUCUACUGGUAGGUGUGUCACACCGUACAUCAAGGUCUCUUUGACCUUUAAUUAAAAUGAUAAGGUCAUUUGUGUCAUAGCCCUUUUUGGGCUCAUGUGUAUUUGAGUCCUUGAGUCAAUAAACUUUGUCAAUUGGUGCAUCUGUAGAGAACUGUAAAUUGCAGCUUAAAAUCAAGUAGUUAUUAACACUUUUUAAAAAAAAUUGCAAGGGUUUAAAAAAAGUCGAAAAACACUUUUUUCAUAAAAUUUAGUCUCCAUACGAGCGAAAAAUUCUCGAGAGGGACAUUAAACAAUAUACAAUCAAAAGAUCUAGCUACAUAUCAGUUAAUAAUAUGUAUAUGGUGUGACCGUUGAGACGAGCGAAGACGCAUGACAUCUUACAACAUGACUUUAGGCAUUUCAUUUAAUGCGGGAAAUAUAAUGCUGUUGAUGUGAACAGUGCAUUGUGACGCCAUCAUUAGCUGCAAUAUUUUUUUCUUUCAAACCAUUCAUUUGUCCACAAUAAAAUGUACGAAGGUAUGGGAAAGUUUGUUUGGAAUUUAAAAUCAUUUGUGGUAGAUCUACUUUCCAAACUAUUUGUUUUAUCUAUGGGGUUGUCAAUAAAGUAUACCACAAUGACGGCGACAUUUUUCAGGGGGCAUUAUGGGUAGUCCCCAUCAUUUUUCAGCUGAUGAAGAGCAAACCACAUGACUUAAUUGCGUUAUCAUUGGAGCGAGCUCGUCGCUUUGCGAAGCGAGCUUUGCUCGCUAUAAAUAAUAAACAAUAUACAGUCGAACUUUCUUAUCUGGAUUGAGAAAAAACUUAUUCGAGAUAUCGAAUGUAAAAUACUUAACAAGUGGUUGGGACUUCAUAUUGCUUCAACAUAUCCAUGGUAUUCGAGAUAUCAGUGUUAUAGAUAUCUAAGUCCAGCUGAUUAUAUAAAUAAAAAUUUUGUUUCCAACAAUGAUAUAUAUAUACACACACACACACACACACGUACGUACAACAAAAUUUGCAAAGCCUCGACAAGCACAUCACACAAUGGGUAUAAUUCCAAUUUUCUUGUGGGAAUAAUGAUCUAAGCCAUAGUAUUUCUAGGAGUUCAUUUAGACAUACAAAGAUCAUUUUGAUUAUGACCAAAUUGUGUCUGUCCAUUUGAAGAUUCCAUUUGUCCCUUGGGAAUAAUGAUGUAGGCUGUAAUUCACUUGGACAUGCAAAGGGCUUUUUAAUAAGAGCUAAUAAUUGCAUAUGUCAAUUAUAAAUUAAAGGGUAUAAUGUUAGAUAUUGUACAACUCAAAAUUGUAAAGUAGUUCAUACCAUGUGAAUGAAAUCUUAAAUACAUGCAUAUGAUAAAAGGACAUGCUUUGAAAUAUAGUUAUUUUAACAAUUUAAAGAGAUAAUAUUGUCAAUUGUUGUUCCAGGGUUGGCAUGAUCUUGUACCAUGCAUACUCGUCUGUUUAUGAUUAAUAAAAUGACCGGCAUUAUCAUGUGCUAUUUCAGUGCACAUUAUUUUCUAUUGAGUUUUCACUUGUUUAAAACAGUGCUUUUUUGCAUGUUAUUGUUCAUGGGACAUUCAGGGUAUAAAAGAAAAUGGUUUAGACAAUUUUGGCCCAUGUUUGUUGUACGCUUUUAAAUUUAUGUUGUCUCCAAUAAGCUUAAGGUUUUAAUUAGCUAACAUUUUGGAAUUUUAAUUUAUAUAUGCUUUUGGUAGUUAACCAUAUACAAUAAUAAACAAUUCUUAUUAUUAA